UUAAACGAGAGGAAAAUAGUCAGGAACCUUCUGUCUCGGUGUACAGUACUGUGUGCUUUUCCCUCUCGUGAAACGUAUGAUGUGAGGAACUGUGCACAGUCCUCGGGAAACAGAGGGUCUCUCCACAGCUGUCACAAUCACUGGAAUUUUCUAGCUGUGACAUGUUGACACCACACAAACAACACGGGACAGUGGGAAUAUUUGUGAUUUGUUUGUUUGGUCUAUCACUCAUUGCAGGUGUCAUCCUCUCACCUCACUGUAGUAAUGGUAUGUGGGAAGUACUGGCUGACCAAGAAUCUUAUUUCACCUGCACGGCUGAAGGACCGGUAUACUGGACAUUACGAUUAACUGACGACAAUAUCAUCUCAAUAGCUUCGUGUGAUAAACACUGCGUUUUAUACAAUGCCUAUGAUGGGCUUUUCUCAACAAGUACUGUCGACCUUCACAAAAGGACUCUAAUCAUUAACGCUCAGAACAACAGAAGGGUGUAUGACAAUGUCCAGCUUGUCAACGGCAGUCUGGAAUGUAAUCGUGGGGAUCAGGAUACAACGUCCACUGCCUGCGGGCUCAACUUUGUGUAUCCUCCACACGGCGUCUCUUGCACAACGUUGAAUUCCUUGUGGUCCAUCAAUGUUUCCUGUGUCAUCAACACCAUUUACUCAUCAAGAAACGUUUAUACCUGUUCAUUGAUACGAACACAGACGUUAAGGAAUGAAACACAAGAAACUGUCACCAUGGUGACUUCACCAACGAUCGAGAAUAUCAGUAAGACGGAAGCAAAGGUGUCAGGUUCCUGUCAGUUUAACACAAGACUACCACCAGAAGAAGGACACUAUGGUUUCCUUGUCUCUGUCUCACCAGGCGGAAAAACAUUUAUGACUGAAGACAAGCAGUUUACAGUUGCACGGCCCGAAUCGCCAAGAAUUUCGUGUGAUCCCCAGGCCCAUGUGUUACAAAACACGACUGUCACAUGUACCUGUAGUACACCUAGCCUGGGACAACCUGCAGGCUCCCUGAGAUGGGUCGUAGGCAACAAGACAACACAGCAAACAGCAGCUGGGCAAGAAAAACCGGAAAUCUCCUCGAGAGAACUCCUUUAUAGCCAUGUCCUCUCCCUGUCAGACCACAGCAGUACUUGGUUCAGGUGUGACCUGCUUUGGGGAACGGAGGAGAUUCGAGGACAGAACUAUACUGCUAGUGUUGGAUACGCUCCUAAGAAACUACGUUUUUCUAUGGACGGUCUUGAUGGAAAUCGUACAGUGAAGGAAAAAGACCAAGUCAGUUUUCAGUGUGAAUCCGACGGUCGACCUUCUCCAAACGUCUCCAUCUAUAACAACGACAACGACACUGUCAUUAUUAGAGACUCGUCUCCUGUUAUCUACACCUUCAUCGCUCGCUGUGAGGACACGGCCACCUACACGUGCUCUGCCUGGAAUGAGUUUUCCAGUCAGUCACAUGUAACUACUUCAUACAGUCUCAAUAUCGAUGUCAGCUGUAAACCACGAUGCCUUUCGUCGACGCCUCUGAAAAUGGUAAGGUCUCGAAACAAAAUACAAGCAAAUGAGCUGAGGUUUGAAGUCAUCGCUUACCCUGCGCCUCACAAAUAUGAUGUAUGGUUUAUACCGAUAGUAACAAACAACAGUGAGCUCUACCCAGAGAAGAGUGAAGGUUCAGAGUUGAAUGUCACCUGUAAAAGUUCCGGAAAACACCGUUACCUGUGGAACUGCACGCUAACGGUUUUCAGUGUUUUACCUCGGUCAGACGGAGUCUACAAAGUGAGAGUGGCCAAUGAGCAUGGGGAAGAAAAUUUCACUGUAGAGAUCAGUUUCGCUGCCAACGAAGACUUGGAACUCUUUAACCCAGCCGUUAUUUAUGGUGUUGUGAGUCUCGUCGUCUUCAUCUUUGUGAUUGUUUUGCUCAUCGCUGUGAUAAGGAAAGUAAAUAAAAAUAAAGCUGAUCAGCCAAGCGAAGAUCCUGAAGUCAUAUAUGAAACACCGUGGGACAAUGUCCCACUAACGAUGCAACCCCUGAAAGUGAAUGUCACAGCCGCUUCCCCGUUGCCGGAGCCCUGUCAGAUGCCCCUGUAUGCUGUGGUGGACACGACAAGAAAGAAGACAAACUCUCGGUCUGCAGAGACAAAAAGAAGCAGCGCACAAGAUACACACUCAAACUCCGAAUACGCAAAUUCCGACACAGAAUACGCUGUUCUGGAUAAGUUCAGAGGUAGAACUCUAGCAACACGUGAUAAUGACCACAAGGACAAUAAGUCCAGUUCAAGAGCAAUGAGAGGUUUAAAGGCUGAUGGCUCUGAUGUCAGCACUUAUGACCAUCUGGUCCUACAGCCGUUACCACCAAGGCAGAAUGAUUCUGCAAAGUGGGAAAUGCCUUGUUCUGCUUCACACUCCCACACAGUGGAUGAUGGGAGAUGGGCCAACGACGACGGUCUGAUUUACGUGACUCCCGUCUUUGAUGUGACCAACGAUGCCAGGCAUCGUCCAACACCAAUGCACGAAAAGACAGAGUACAUAACACAUCGUGAGAUAGGAAAGUUCAAGCUCUCACAGAAAAAAUCAGAUCGCUGA